GGGGUUUUUACACCACUCAAAGUUGGGCUCAACUCGCAAAUGACAAUGAUUGACAAUGUAGCCCUGCGGGCCCCUAUGUGUGUCUCCGAAAGCUUGAGGAACUAGUGAACUUUGGCGAGAGUUGGCCAACAAAGAACAAAGAUGCUGGAAAACACUUUGUUUGUCGAGGCAGUCUCCGAAGCGGCCAUUUUUGAUCAUGAAUCAUCUUUGUACACUUCCAUGCUUACUAAUUCUCUGACUCACUACGCUGGGACCUUUAGUUCACCAUGGCGGAUUGGGACCAGCUGAGCUUGGAGGAUCAGGCCGCCAUCCUGCGCAUUUGGCAGGAGGAUGCGUCCAGCUCUCCCACGGCCUCCCCACGGCCAACACCACCGACCGACCGACGGGCGGCAUCGCCACUGCGUUGGAGCUACGAGGCAGGUGGCCACGACCCCUUGGAAGCUAUGAGCGCAGAGGAUCGGGCGGCCGUGCUACUGGCUUUGGUCGAGGAGGCGGUGGACAGCGGCCGGCCACGACCACCCUCCCCACCGCCAGAGUUUCAAGAGCGGCCUUUGUCCAGAGAGGAGCUUACAAAGAUUCAGAGCCCUGAUGCCUUCCGCAGGGCUUCUCAAAAGAAGCAUGCCAACAGACAUCCUAGUCCUGACUUCGCUGAUCAGCAAGAAUGCCACAAGGUCCCAAACUCCUUGUUGUACAAGGCUUUUGCUCAGACCACAGACCCGGAGAUCCAGAGUGAGCUCGUACGUUUCGGCUACAGCGAUGACAACAUCCGAAACCAGGAGGGAAGGCACAACGUCCAGCAGCGGCGCCAGGAGGGUCGCGCUGGCUUCUUCGAUCAUAUCACCACCAACCUGGAUCAGAUGGACCAACAGUUGGCCGACCGCCUGAACACCGCGCUGCGCGACGUUGUUGCGGAGGGUCGGAUGUCUUCAAAUACUUGCGGCCAUUUGCUGAAGGUCAUGGCUCAACAAAGUCGGCCCGGGCGACAGUGGGUGGCAGACCGUGAUAUGAGGACCUACCGGGAUGAGCACAGCAAGGCAUCGAUCAGGGAUGCCCGAAGUGCUUUGGAGCAGCUUCACAGGCCCGAGCUGCUUGCGGAGAACCAGCACCGGCCAUCGCCCGGCGGAGCCUUUGUGGACGUGGGGGUGUACGAGUCCAGGGGCUCUGCAAACGGGAGCCGCUUGUACGAAGGCCCAUGCGGCGGGAGGUUCCACAUGUCGGCUGCUGGAAACCCGGUGUACCACCCCCGCACGCCCGCGGCCAGUCCUCCGAGGCGCCCGCCCAGUCCACCAAGGCGUGCGCCCAGCCCGGUCAGGCACUACCCUAGCCCCGCAAGUCGUACUAUUGGCUUUGGAGGUUUUGGGAUGCCGUCAGGCAGCUUCAGUUCCAGUAUGCCAAGCUCAGGCAGCUUUGUUGGUUUCCAUUCUUCCAGUGGUUCAGCCAAUGGCCGAGCCGUUUUUCAGGGGCCGCGCGGUGGGCAGUUUCACUACUCCGCCGCCGGCAAUAAAGUGUAUCACCGCCGGUAGGGUUAGGUCGGGCAUACUGACUUUGAAGAGGUCGUUUACCCUUCUCAUUAACUUUGAACUGCGCGAUGCCCGACAAGGCAGUGUACAGUCAGACCUUGCUAGACUUGUGGGCAGGAUGCCGAAGGUCCUGGAGAAAACUUGAAGGCUUGGUUUCUCAAGGGUUCUUAAGGCAUAUCAAUAUCAAUGUGUCAGAUAGUGUUACCUUUCACAUAUAUUCACAUACUGGGUUUAACUGUUCGGAAUGGACUGGAUGUUGAUAAUUACAUUGAUGUUGCCAUGAAGGGUAAUAAGGUGGUUUUUCAAAUCCAUUUGACAAAGCUUUAUGUUCGUCAAUUUUGCAGAAAUACUGCAGGUUUCAAUACACCUUUUUUACCGAAAUUAAUUGGAGAUUUGAAAUCUAUAUUUUUCCGAACUCAGGAAUUCAUCGAUUUGCUCUUAUUCGGGC